AUGACGAUCACUAAUUGUUUCCAACAAAACUUGGAAGCAGAGCUCUUAACAGCAGACUUCCUUCAAUAUUAUUAUUAUUCCGAGUAUAAUAUUAAUUCCAACUUUUCCAACAGCUUUGUUGAUGAAUAUCAUUCAUGGUAUGACCCCUACGAUCUUCUAAACCUUGAAAAUCAUGAUCAUGAUACUACUACUGAUGAUCAUCUUCUUCUCCCACAUAAUAGUUUCUCUCUCACUGCCCCUGAUUUCAAUCCCUACCCCAACCCGAAACGCCAAAAAUGUUUCCAAGAUUGCUUCUUCCCGGAUUUUACUCUCUCUAAUGGGUUUGUUCCAAAUUUGUGUCCGCUACCCUCGUUGGUGCCUGUCCCCAAGUUUUUUGCUACUCCACUUCCCAAAUUCGAUCAACUUCCGGAGGGUUUAACUAAUAGCACAGGAGCAAACAUUGAUCCUGGACACGAGAGUAUAACUAAUGCUGCUAAUAAGAAAAAAGUGGGUGAAAAAUGUGUGUCGGCGCAGAGUAUAGCGGCUAGAGAGAGGAGGAGGAAGAUCACAGAGAAGACUCAAGAGCUAGGGAAGCUUGUUCCCGGAGGAAGUAAGAUGAACACAGCUGAGAUGCUCACCUGCUGCUUACAACUAUGUCAAGAAUUGAAAGAAGCCCCUCCCAUUGAAGAGCUGCAAGUAGUUGCAUCUCCUGUUCUUCAAGAGAAGCUAUAUUUGGAGAAUAACUGCCUGGUCCCAAAGAAGUUUGUGGCGAUACUAGCAAAACACUUUGAUGCUCAAUCAAAGCCUUCAUUCUCCAACAAUCUCAACCAACUGCUCACAUCUACUACUUGA